AUGCGAACUAUCAAGCUCGUUGUCAUCGGUGCUUCGGGCGUAGGCAAGACUUCUUUGCGUGGUCAGUACAUAUCAGGUCGGUUUUCCACCGGUUACCGCGCAACAAUCGGUGCAGAUUUCAUAACCAAAUCUCUUCCUGACCCAAAAAAACCAACCGAGGCCAUAUCCCUUCAAAUAUGGGAUACCGCAGGCCAAGAACGCUUCUCCUCCCUCUCCUCCGCGUUCUUCCGCGGUGCAGACGCCGUCUUACUCAUGUUCGACGUCAGUGCACCCGAGACUAUGCACGCGCUCACGAAAUGGUGGGAGGAGUUUAAGCACCGAGCACCGAUUAGUGAUGAAGAGGUUGAUAACUUUUGUUGUGUGGUCGUUGGGAAUAAGAUGGAUCUCUUACAGCCUGGGAUGGGCGUCACUGCGGAGGAAGCGAAGAAAUUCGUGCAGGACCUUGUGCCUAUCUCUGAACCAGAGCCUGUAGAGCGCGAGGAGGGAGAAAUCGUGGUGGAAGACUUCGUUUCAGGGGAAGACGAAGACAUCAUUCCCGAACACGAGCACGAAUACGAAUACGAUGCCGAUGCCGACCCAUCCCUCCUCGCCCCCUCUGCGCGAAUAGAUAUCCAAAACCAUCGCAAACCCUCAAAAUCCCGUUCCCCCUCAAGUACAUCCCACGCGAACACAUUUCUAUACGGAACCUUCCGCUCCGGCGUAACCUCUUUCCAUACACCCUCUUCUUCCCUCUCUGAUGUAUAUACAAGCGCACGGUCGUCUCCGCUUCCAGGGUCCCAACCGGAAUCACCAGCACGAGUGAGGAGAAUGACGAGUUUGUCUAGUACGACUACUACGACUACUACUACGUCUUCUUCGUCUGCACUUACUAUCACGCCGAGUUUAUUCACGAGGGGCCAACGUCCACCUACACCGCCCACCCCACCCCAACUAGACCCAGACCCAGACCCAGACCUUCCCCUACCCUCCAGCCUCCCGGACCCACCAGACACAGGCCCAAAGCUCUUCUUCACAUCCGCAAAGACCGGAACGGGUGUAAGCGACGCAUUUGAGUAUAUCGCGGUGCGCGUGGUGAAGAAGUGGGAGUAUGAAGAGGCUGUGGAAGCGAGGACGUUUCACGUGAGGGAUGAGAGUGAUGGGAAUACGGUUAAGUUAGGAUUGGAGGAUGGGAAGAGGAAGAGGAAUUCCCGGGGGGCGUCGUGUUGUGGGCAGUAG